CACACGCCCUCCGCGCACGGUCCUCUUUCCGCUCUGCAGCUCGGCUGUCUGGCCACAAACCUAGGCCCGGAGGGCGCGAGCGAGCGGCGCGGACCACCACCCCACCACGGGAGCCCCGGUCUGCUCCAGUAGUCCCCUGGAGUCCGGUAUGGCAAACAGGUAGGGGACGCUGGUCGUGCAGGAGGGCAAGUGGUGUGGAACAUGCCUCCACCAGCCGGCGCUUCUGCCAUCAGAGGCCACACCCAUCUUGCCCAUGGCCUGCCCGGGCCCGUCGCUCUCCGGCGCCUUUGACAUUCUAAGGAGAGCAGACCAGAACAAGCUCCUGCGUCUUAAGCACAAGCUGAAGAGCCCGCGCGCAGGCUGGCGGGGGACGGACCUCCUGCACGCCAUGGUGCUCCUGACGCUGGGCCAGGAGACCGAAGCCAGGAUCUCCCUGGAGGGCCUGAAGGCAGAUGCGGCGGCCCGGCUUGUGGCCCGCCAGUGGGCUGGCAUGGACAGCAGCGCUGGGGCCACGGAGGAGCCCCCAGACGUGUCCUGGGCUGUGGCCCGGGUGUACCACCUGCUCGCUGAGGAGAAGCUGUGCCCGGCCCCGAUGCGGGAUAUGGCCUACCGGGCAGCCCUCCAGGCUUGCAGCUCCAGGGAUGACCCCCAGCUCAGGGAGCUCCAGGAGGAGGCCCGGGAACGGUGCGGGUGGGACAUCGUCAGGGACCCCGAGGGCUUCCAGCCCCUCCACUCUGCUCUGGGCUGCCUCCCGCCAUCCUCAGCAUCGCCCUCCGGGACCCGCAGCCUUCCUCAGCCUAUCGAGAACCCCUUGGACUGGAGCAGAGGCUGCUCCCUGAGAUCCACCGGCACCCCAGCCUCCCUGGCCAGCAACUUGGAGAUUAGCCAGUCGCCCACCAUGGCCCUCCUCAGCCAGCCCCGCGGCUCCCAUGGGCCGAGCAGGCUGCGUGAUGUGCCCCCGGUGCAUGAGCCUGUCCCCACAGGCUGCCAGGAGCCUGAGGAGAUGAGCUGGCCUAUGUCGGGGGAGAUGGCUGACACCCUGGUGCCACCCAAUAGCCCAGGUCCCAGGCUUCCUGAGGUUGUCUCAGAUGCAAGCCCUGCUGGCCCAUCCAGCCCCUCUGAAGCUCCAGACGCCAGCACCCACUACUCGGUGGAGUGUACAGAAGUGUCACCAGCCCCCAAAUCUCUCCCCUCACCCUCCAGAAACACCUGCCCCGUCAAGGACCAGAAGCCACUACAAAUUCCCGUAGAAGAUACCAUUUCCCCGACAGCCCAGCCAUGCCCACCACCGCCCUUGGCCUCAAAGACAUCCCCUUCCCACCCGCCUGUGUCAACUCCUUGGACAACUCAAGCGGCCUCCGUGAACCCGUGUUCCCCUCCUGAGUCAGAGUCAUCAGAGCAGAAAUUUUAUAACUUCGUGAUCUUGCACGCCAAGGCGGAUGAGCACAUUGCCCUGCGUGUCCGGGAUAAGUUCAAGGUCCUGGGUGUGCCCGACGGGGCCACCUUCUGUGAGGACUUCCAGGUGCCUGGGCGCGGCAGGCUGAGCUGCCUGCAGGACGCCAUCGAGCACUCGGCCUUCACCAUCCUGCUGCUCACUGCCAACUUCGACUGCUGUCUGAGCCUGCACGAGGUGAACCAGGCGCUGAUGAACAGCCUCACACGGCAUGGGUGGCAGGACUGCGUGGUCCCUUUCCUGCCCCUCGAGAGCUCCCUGGCGCAGCUCGGCCCUGACACAUCCAGGCUGCUCACCGGCCUGGUGUGGCUGGAUGAGCACUCUGAGAUCUUUGCCAGGAAGGUAGCCAGAACCUUCAAGCCCUGCAAGCUGCGGGCUCGCAGGGCCAACUGGAGGAGGGAACAGGACGCUCGGGCCCUGCGGGAACAGCGCCAACAGCUAGAGGGUGAGCGGCAGCAGGCAGCGGCAUUGAAUGCCGCAUACUCAACCUACCUCCAGACCUACGUGUCCUGGCAGACACAGAUGGAGCAGCUCCAGGUAGCUUUUGGGAACUGCAUGACAUUUGGGACUCAGUUGCCCUCUGGGGCUCAGGUGCCCUGUGAGGGCCAGGGGCCCCUGGGCGCCCAGCCACCCUUUCCUACCUGGCCCAGCCACCAGCCACCAGUCUUGCCUCCAUGGCUGGCCAGCACCCCCAGACCAGCCUUCCCGCAGCCUCCAACCUUCCCGCAGCCUCCAGCCUUCCCGCAGCCUCCAGCCUUCCCGCAGCCUCCAGCCUUCCCGCAGGCCUUGCCUGUGCCCCCUCAGAGCCCGGGGCUGCAGCCCCUCAUCAUCCACCACGCACAGAUGGUGCAGCUGGGGCUCAACAACCACAUGUGGAACCAAAGAGGGACGCAGACACCUGAGGACAAGACACAGGAAGCGGAAUGACCAAGUGAUGAAGCUUAUAACCUUGACCUUCAGACCCCCUUGGGCUGGACCUUGGAGAACCCUCAUCUCCAGGGGGUGCAGUGGAAGAUGGCGUCAUCUACUAUUUUCAAGACACUGCUGGGGAUGCCUUUACGUCUCAGGAAAUCGUGCAGAAUGGGCCCCAAUGACUUUCUAGCUCUUGUGAAGGCCAGAAUGAGAUGUGGUGUUUACAGACUUUCUGGAUGGUGGGGGUGGGGAAUGGGCUAUGGGAUAUUAGUACA